CGUAGCUGUUGUCUUCGACCCCUUUACUCAAAGCGCCAUCGCACUGGGCGGCUCGGAAUGCCAGAGAUGUUCCAGUUGUAUGUGCUCGUGGUUCCUCUCUUUGGAGCAUAUGGCGCUCUGCUCUACGCUGAGCCCGGACACGAUGUGACUCUACGGUGUUUCUGUGUCUCCAGGGCCAACAAUCUGUGUUGGUACAAGCAGGUGGCGGGGGAGCAACCUCAGAUCGUCUCCUCGGUCUACAAGCAUCUACCGGCCAGCAACAGCUUCUACAACCAGUUUAAAGGCAACAAGCGCUUUUCAGUUCACACCGGGGAAGGGUUCUACCACCUGAACAUUUCCAAUGUCCGGGCCUGGGAUUCAGCGAUGUACUACUGCGGAUAUACCAGCGUUGCAGUCACCGAAUUUGAUAAUGGAACAUUUUUGGUUUUGAAAGGCUCAGAGUCCAGCCGCAGGUCUUUCCUCCAGCAGCCGGCGUCCGACUCCGCGAAGCCAGGAGGCUCCGUGACUCUGAACUGCACCGUGCACGCUGGAACCAGUGGCGCAGGGCACAGUGUGUACUGGUUCAAAAAGGAGGAUUCAAGAAACUCCCACUUGGGAAUUAUGUACAUCCACAGCAGCAGCAGUCAGUGUGCACAGAGCCUGGAGCCUCCCGCACAGAGCUGUGUGCACAGCUUAUCGAAAAGGAACGUGAGCCAGUCGGAUGCCGGGAUGUAUUACUGUGCCGUGGCGACAUGUGAAGAGAUACUGUUCGGCAACGGGACGAGACUGGAGGUUGGAGGGCAACCGGGUGACACUUUUCCUCUCUUGAUGCAAUGCUCGGUCGCAGCUCUGCUUGUGUCUGGUGUCUUGAACAUCGUGCUUGUGGGCAUCCUCUGCAAAAUGUCCAGGAGGAAACAUCUCCGUUCUCAAGCACUGAACCCCCCUUUGAGUGUCCCAGAAGACACCUCAGACAGUCAGAAUGAGGAUUUUGAUGCGUUGAACUACGUAGCUCUGGACUUCGAGAAGAGGCAAGGCAAGAGCAGGAGGCACAGGAGCCCAGAGGAGGAGACCAUUUACACUGGAGUUAGACGGUCAGACAUGAAGUGACCACACUUUCUACACCACACACCGACUCCUGUAAUUUCAGUUCUUAUUAAAAUAUUUUAUUCAAAAAGGUGCUAAAUAUGAAAUAG